UAGAAUGUUUAAUCGCCACUCAAAGUUCCCGCUUUCAGCCAAGGUGGGGGCGUGGAACAACGUUUUCUUCGUUAUCUUUCGGUCCCUUCGAAGGCGUCUCUCGUUCAGAUAGACUCUUCUUUCUCUCACACUCACUGACACUCGCGCGCGCACACACACAGAGAAAUGCAGACUCCUUGUCUUAACGCUUGUAAGAAUUGUACGAAUUCUCCACCGUUUCUAGGGUUUAGCAGUCGCAACUUCUGCUCAUACUCCGAAUCUCUGGUCGUCUUUUCCGGUCGGAAGGUAUCUCCUAGGAGGAUUUUCUGCAGCUUUAAUGGAGGCAAUAGGAGGACGAAAGCAAGCGCGAAGCAGGGAAGGAAGAACGGUGGUGGAGACAAGGUGAAGACGAAGGAGAAGGAGAACGUAUGGAGUGUCGAUAACGAGCUCGCUAAGAAAGAGGCCAUGGUGGAGAAGGAGAAAUUCAACCGCAGGAGGAGAGGAAGGAAGGUCAGGAAUAUUGUGAAGAAGGAUAAGAAUUCUAGGGUUAUGGUUUCUGGAGCCAUGUUGAUGGAGGUCGAAACCGUUUUGCAGACGCAGGAACCCGUUAUAAGACCGUCAUGGAAUACUUUUGCAAGUAGUGUCAGUGGGAUUUGGAAGGGAGUUGGAGCAGUAUUUUCGCCUAUCAAUGCUGAAAUGGAGCCCAUUGAAAUUGGAAACGGAAACGAAAAUUUAUAUGAUUGCUACACACUUUCUCACAUUGAAGCCGUGCCUGCCCCUUCACCUGGGCGUGGUUCUCAAAUCCAUAGGAAAAUUAAUUGGGUCACUUUGAACCCUCAUGGUGAAAUAUGGCAACAAAAAGCGGGCAGCAAUAGAAGUAAAGAGGCAGAUAAAGAUGGAGUCUUUUCACCCAUGAAGGAAAUAACUGAUACCAUCAUUGCAGGUCGUGAUUUGCCUGGAUUUGAGUCAUUUGACUUCACAAAGAGUGAUCUAUUGGAAGAAGAUUUCAUGGCUAUGGAGCCUGGUCUUAUUUUCUUUGAGGAUGGGUCAUAUUCUAGAGGUCCAAUCAGUAUACCAGUUGGAGAAAUUGAUGAGUCUCAUUAUUUCGUUUCACCAACAUUAAAGUUUGAACAAUGCUUGGUAAAAGGAUGCCAUAAAAGAUUGCGCAUUGUGCACACUAUAGAAUUCAGCAAUGGGGGUUCAGAUAUACAAAUAAUGAGGGUAGCUGUAUAUGAAGAACAAUGGGUCAGUCCUGCUAAUCUCCCUGAUCAAAGUGACGUGGGAUUUGAUCUGAAGCUAUUUUCUCAGCGAAAAAGAACCCAACCGUCAGAGUUGACUGGGUCCUGGAAGGUGUUUGAGGUGAGUGCUACUCCAAUUUUUGGUGAGGAGACAAUAUCCGAGGAAAGCAAUGGUGCCCCCUUUGUGUAUCUCUGCACUGAGACCCUGAAGAAGAGGAAUUUGCCUGAAAACACUGUAUACUUUGGAGAGGAAGAAAUGCUGGACAUGCAGGAUGUGGCUGUUCUUUGGCUCCCAGGUGGUGUCACAGGUUAUGUUGAUGUUAACGAGGACGGAAUUCUCUGCAUUGGAGUUGGUUGGUAUUCAGAGGAAGGAAUUAACCUUGUCAUGGAGAGGGAUUACGGGUCAGAUGGGAAGCUCAAAGAGGUUCGAUGGAAAUCUGAGGUGAAGAGAAGAUGGCCCGACCCACUGCCUGUAUAAAAUAUUGGUCCUCAGUCUUUUUAUCUAAUUCUCUCUUCAUCCAAGGAAAAGAAGCGGCGGGGAGACCCGCCUUCUUUGUAAAUUUCAGUUCCCUUCGUAUUUUUAACCAGUGAUUUCAUCUUUCGAGAAAUUUGAGAUAUGUCCAAAUUCCAAAAUCAUUCAGUGUGUAUAUGCAUGAGUAGCUGUGAAGCUGAUUUUCGAGGUUUUGUCACUAGUUUGGUCUUUAUUUUUUCGAGUUUAUGGUCCGAUUUCAAUCAUGUCCAAUGUUCUUAAUACCCGGAUGGGCAAUUGGUUA